AUGUCUCUGGUCGGAAAGCUGGUGAGCGAGCUAGAGAUAAACAUACCUGCUGAGAAGUAUUACAAAGUCUUCAAGGAUCAAUGCUUUCAUGUUCCUAAAAUCACCCCAAAAAUCAUUCAGCACGUUGAAAUUCAUGAUGGAGAUUGGGAUAGCCACGACCAUGGCUCUAUCAAGACCUGGCAUUACACAGUUGACGGGAAGUCUGAGGUUUUCAAAGAGCGAGUGGAAUUUCAUGACGAGAAAUUCAUGGUAGUUUUGGUUGGAUUGGAAGGAGAUUUGUUCAAUCAUUAUAAAACCUUCAAGCCGGUUUGUCAGGUUGUGCCAAAGGGUCCUAGCCAUUGUUUGGCAGUUCUGACGAUUGAGUAUGAGAAACUUGAUGAUGGCUCUCCUUAUCCUUUUAAGUAUAUUGAUCUCAUGAAUGGUAUCACUAAGGAUAUUGAAUCUCACCUCAAAUAA